CAGCCCUGGCUCAAAAGGCGUGACCUUCAACGAGUUAAUAACCUCCAUGCCUCAACAACCCCUGUCUGUAAAAUGGGACCGGAAACGCACAGCUGUGUUUGGCAAACUUCGGCAGCCAGCCAGCUGUGCCCGGCGUCUGUCGACCCCACCGCUAUGGAGGUGCCCCAGCCGGAGCCGGAGCCGGCGCCGGACUCGGCUCUCCUCAGUCCGGUCGGUGCGCGCGGGAGCGCCCAGCGUCCCGGUCAUCUCCCGGGCCCCUGGCUGCGAUCUCCGGAGCGAGCGGCGGCGUCCUCUCCCGUCACCACCCUCACCAAGACCAUGCACAACCUCACCGGCCUGGGCAGUGAGACCCCAAAGAGUCUGGCCUUCCGAAACCAGCUGGUCCUGUCUAGGAGAGCAUCUGAAUCUUCCCUGUCAUCCGAGUCCUCAGAAUCUUCAGAUGCAGGUCUUGGCAUGGAUUCUCCCAGCCCUAUGGACCCCAAGAUGGCAGAGCAAACAUUUGAACAGGCCAUCCAGGCAGCUAGCAGGGUCAUUCGAAAUGAGCAGUUUGCCAUAAGACGCUUUCAGUCCUUACCGGUGAGGCUGCUGAGCCACAGCCCUGUGCUACGGAACAUCACCAACUCCCAAGCUCGGGACAGCUGGAAGAAGAGUGAGGCAGGUGGUGCAGCUGCCAACAACAGCCCAGGGAACGACAAAGAAAAUGAUGGAUUUGUCUUCAAGAUGCCGUGGAAGCCCACACAGGCCAGUCCUGCCCAAACUUUAGUGGACUGGGCCAGCCGCAGAGAGGCCUUUACCCAGAGACCAAACUCGGCCCCUGAUCUGAUGUGCCUCACUCCAGAGCAGAAGAUGGUAGAGGAGCUAGUCCCUGCUGAAGGGUCUACUGAGGAUGAUGAUGGGUUCGUGGACAUCCUAGAAACCGACUUAAAGGAUGACGCCGCUGUUCCCCCAGGCAUGGAGAGUCUCAUUAGUGCUCCACUGGUCAAAACAUUGGAUAAGGAAGAAGAGCAAGACCUCAUGGUGUUCAACAAGUGCCAGCGGCUCUUCCGCUCUCCAUCCAUGCCCUGUAGUGUAAUCCGGCCCAUCCUCAAGAGACUGGAUCGGCCCCAGGACAAGGACACACCUGUCCAGAACAAGCGGAGGAGGAGUUUGACCCCCCUGGAGGAGCUGCAGCAGCAGCCAGAAGAACCUAAAGCUCGUGUCCUCCGCUCGAAGUCCCUGUGUCAUGAUGAGAUUGAGAGCAUCCUAGACAGUGACCACCGUGGACUGAUUGGAGAUUAUUCCAAGGCCUUCCUGCUGCAGACUGUGGAUGGAAAACACCAAGACCUCAAGUACAUCUCACCAGAAACAAUGGUGGCGCUGUUGAUGGGCAAGUUCAGCAACAUUGUGGAGAAGUUUGUGGUUGUAGACUGUAGAUACCCCUAUGAGUAUGAAGGCGGACACAUCAAGUCAGCUGUGAACUUGCCUCUGGAACGAGACAUUGAGACCUACCUGCUACAGAGUCCUAUGGCCCUCUGUAACCUGGACAAGAGAAUCAUCCUCAUUUUCCACUGUGAAUUUUCAUCUGAGCGUGGGCCUCGUAUGUGCCGAUUCGUCAGGGAACGGGACCGUGCUGCCAAUGACUACCCCAGCCUGUACUACCCUGAGAUGUAUAUCCUCAAAGGCGGCUACAGAGAGUUCUUCCCACAGUACCCGGAAUUCUGUGAGCCCCAGGACUACCGGCCCAUGAACCAUGAGAACUUCAGAGCUGAGAUGAGAACCUUCCGUCUCAAGACCCGGAGCUGGGCUGGAGAGCGGAGCCGACGCGAGCUCUGUAGCAGGCUGCAGGACCAAUGAGGGGCCAGUGUUGGUCCUGCUACCUUCCUUGCUUGUGAGGCCUGGGGCCACUGGUCCCAUGGGCCUGCAGGAGGCCUCAGGUGCUAACCAGGGAAAGAUGGCUGGGGAUGGCCAUCUGCCCUUGUCCCCAACUCUCCUUGUCUCACUCCAAUCGUUUUCCAUAUCUCAGUGUAUUGUGUGUACUUUGUCACCUGAAGAGCUGAACCUGGUGAGCUAGGACCAGCUCAGAAGGAAGCAUCUCGUGUCUAGCAGGAGCCUUUAUUUUGCUUUUCUUCUUUCUUUUUUGGGUGAACUGUCUUUUAUGUGUCCAGAAAAGCCCUUUGUGUGUGUCAGCUGAGGCUGGGAGAGUCACAACCCUCCCAUGGCCUGGGAGGCAGUAGGCUGCCCCUGGUCUCUGCAAGAGUCAUGGUAUGUAUGUCACUUUGCUUUGCCUCGUUUUCUUUUCCUCUCUCCUGUCCUUCUGCACAAGCACCUACAAAAUCAACAUAAGCGCUUAACUAUUCCCUGUUCUAGUGUUACCUGCAGGUUUGAUUUUGAUACUCUGACUUUUAUAUGUUUCAGGACACAGUUACUGGCUGUAUAGACCCUCUCCCCCCACAACAGGGGUUAGAGAGUCAAACAUCAAUUACCCACAUGGUCCCGGCUUUUGUUCCCCCAGGAAUGUUCCUAUCUUUGGGGGUCUAGGAGCCCUGUCCCCACUGCUAUGAACCUUGUUCUGACCUGAUAGAACCUGCUGCUGCUAUUCUGUCACAGGCAGCUAGAUGGAUGGAUGGUCAUGGAUGCACAGUGCCUUGUACACACACAAACACCCACUGAGUAGAAGUGUUUUUGGUGU